AUGAAGAACAGGACAGAAGUGACACAGUUCAUCCUGCUGGGAAUCACCGAUGACCCAGAACUGCAGGUCCCCCUCUUUAUAAUGUUCACGCUCAUCUACCUCAUCACUCUGAUUGGGAAUUUGGGGAUCAUUGUGUUGACUCUGCUGGACCCUCGUCUCCACACCCCCAUGUACUUCUUCCUCAGUAACCUGUCUCUGGUGGACUUCUGUUACUCUUCAGCUGUCACUCCCAAGGUCAUGGCUGGGCUCCUUACAGGGGACAAGGUCAUCUCCUACAGUGCAUGUGCAGCCCAGAUGUUCUUUUUUGGAGCUUUCGGCACUGUGGAAAAUUACCUCUUGGCCUCCAUGGCCUAUGACCGCUAUGCAGCAGUGUGCAAACCCCUCCAUUACACCACCGCCAUGACCACAGGUGUGUGUGCACGUCUGGCUACAGGCUCUUAUGUCUGUGGUUUCCUGAACACCUCCAUCCACAUUGGGGACAUCUUCAGCCUCUCCUUCUGUGUGUCCAAUGUGGUCCAUCACUUUUUCUGUGAUAUUCCAGCAGUCAUGGUUCUCUCUUGCUCAGAUAGACAUGUGAGUGAGCUGGUUCUUUUUUAUUUAGUCAGCUUCAACAUCUUCUUUGCUCUCCUGGUUAUCUUGAUAUCCUACAUAUUCAUAUUUACCACGAUCCUAAAGAUGCACUCGUCUGCAGGAUACCAAAAGGCUUUAUCCACCUGUGCCUCUCACUUCAUUGCCGUCUCCAUCUUCUAUGGAACAGUCAUCUUCAUGUACUUACAACCCAGCUCCAGCCAUUCCAUGGACACAGACAAGAUGGCAUCCGUGUUCUAUGCUAUGAUCAUCCCCAUGCUGAACCCUGUGGUCUACAGCCUCCGGAACAAGGAGGUCAAGAGUGCAUUCAGGAAGGUGGUUUUGGAGGCCAAAUUGUCUUUAGGAUUGGGAUUUUAA